AUGUCGAAACUCAUCGUUGUCAUCGGCAUCACAGGCAACCAAGGCGGCUCCGUGGCGCAAAGGUUUCUAAAAGACUCGAAUUACCGUGUCAGAGGUUUGACCCGCAACCCUGAUGCCCCCAAAGCAAAAGAGUUCGCCGCGCAAGGCGUGGAAAUCAUACGGGCUGAUCUGGACGAUGUUGAAAGUCUCAAGAAAGCAUUUGACGGCGCCAACGUAAUAUUCACCGUCACGAAUUACUGGGAACCGUUCUUUCGACCCGACUGUCGGCAAGAAGCAAGAGAACAGGGCAUCUCCUGUAGAAGGCAUGCAUACGAUGUCGAGUAUCGACAUGGCAAAAACAUGGCCGACGCCGCUGCCACGGUGGUCGAUUCAUUAGAGCCCAAUGGUUUUCUUGUCUCCACGUUAAGUCAUGCCGGCAAAUGCAGUAAAGGCACCUUCAAAGAGUUGUACCAUUUUGAUGCUAAGGCCGAUAUCUUCCCGGAUUAUGUCGACGACAACCACCCCGAUUUGGCGGCGAAGAUGUCGUGCAUUCAGACCGGAUGUUUUUUCACUAGCUACCGACUUCUUCCUGAAUCGUAUCUUAAAAAGUUAUCGGACGGUAGCUUCCAAAUGAGUCUCACCACAAAUCCUGAGAAGCCAGUACCGCACCUUGACGUCAACGCUGACACGGGUAAUUUCGUCUAUGCUGUAUCGCAACGAUCACCUGGCGGUCACUACAUGGCCGAGGGGACCACUUGCAGCUGGUCGGACUGGAUCCGAACCUGGGCAGAGAUCAUGAACCAGAAAGGCUCAUACAAGCAGGCCACGGUGCAGCAAAUGAUAGACGCCACGCCCGACAAGGAGUUUGGUAGAGAGGUUGCUGACAUGUUUCUCUAUUGCUCCGAACCCGGAUACGAUGGAGGCAUGGAAUUGAUAACGGCGGCGGAUAUGAGGAAGGAAGGUAUUGAUUGUCCCAUGACGAGUCUAGAGGACUUUGUCCGCAGGACGGAUUGGACCAGUAUUCUCUCACAAUAA